AUGAAAGCUGAAAACAUUAAGAAAGAUAAAGAUAAAUUCAAUUUUUGGUUCUUGCUUUAGUAAGCGAUGAAAACUAAUUCGACUGCGGAAUAUUAUACAAAAUAAAUCAUCGGAAGGCUAAAUAGCUCAUUAAUAUUCAAUAUGUGUACUAUCUAUUUCUCAAGACUGCCUUUAAUAUCCUUUGGCAUCUUAAAAGUGGAAAUCUUGUAGUGCCUUUUAUAAUAUAAGAUCUAAAGGAGUAAAAGUUUAAUUGCCCAAUUAAAAGGCAUAUCUUAUUAUUAUAGAAACCGAUUUUCAGGAUGCAAAGAUGUAACAAUAACCCUUUGGACUAUUGAGUAUUCAUAAUUAAUUAAUAUUAUAAGUAAAGGAUUAUACUAAUUAGAAAUAAUUACCUUUUAUUUUGGAUGCUGUUUCAAACAAAUUCAAAACAUACAUGAUUAUUCAAAACUCUAAGGUGUUGAAUCUAGAGUAAAAUAUAAGCUUGAUGCAUCUGAAUUUGCUAAAUAUUUCUCUUUCAAUUGAUUUAGCUCAAGCACCAAAUUCAAAUCUUAAGACAUUAAAAUAUUUGGUACAAUUAAUCGGUUGCGUAUACCAAAGUCUUAAAGUUUUUGAUCACCAAAAAUAACUAUAGAUAAAUAUUUGUUAUUAAGAUUCUCAAUAAAUAAAUAUGAUAACAUCAUUAUAUUAAAAGAAAUUAAUAAUCCAACUAAUAAGAGAUGUUUAGAAGUUAAAGGUAUAUAAUUAUUAUUAUACUAAUUUUUUUGCAAAAGAUUUAAAUUGUAUAGAUGUUGUGAUUGAUGUAUCAGUUCGAGAAAAUCGAAUGUCAUAACUCAAUUACAGAGAACUAGAAUGACUCCUCCUGAAAAAUUCAAUUGAUCUAAUUUAAUUUUCUCUAAAGCUUUAAUUUUUAAUUUUUAGAGUAAAUCAAACCCAUGAUUAGAACUAUGGCAUUUCUCAGAAAGUG